AUGGUCUCCGUCGCCACUAUCCCUCAACCCCCGGCGCUCACAGCCACCCCCUCCUUGAAGCCAUCAUCAAAGAUGCUCCCAUCCUCGUCCCCCGUAUCCAUUCUCAAAACCUCCAAGUCCGCCGGCACGAAACGCAAAAUGGCGGACCUCGACCGCAGUCUCUCCCCGGUCUCCUCCGUGUCGGAUACCUUCGAUGACGCCGCCCCUCCCGCGAAGAAGCGUGCCCGCGUCACGUUCAAUGAAAACAUCCAAACCCAUUCCUGGAAUCAAAAUGAUCCGGCAACUCAAACUGGGAUGAGUGUGGCGAUGGUUCGGGAGGAAAUCCGUCGGGCAAUCCAUCGCCAUGUUUCGUCCGGGGAGAGCGAGGCAUACGACCAGAUCAAGGAGAUCUUCACUGCCGAUCCGAAGAAGGCUGGCGAUACCCUCUACUCAUACGACCUUCCCACACAUCCAACCUUGAAGAAUCAUCUGUUGGGUCUUCUUUCUCACAUCGCCUCCCUGGAUCGCGGCUGCAGCAGCCUUGUCCACGCUGUCCUCGAGAGCGAGUGGCUUGGUCGGGAUGAGCCCUAUGUAAAGCUUUUCAUCCGGUUCUUGGGAAAUCUCGCGGCCGCUCAAGGUACCUAUCUCGGUGUUAUUUUCAAGAUGCUCGUCAGCAAACUCGCUGGCGUUGCUCGCGGCACUGGUAGCCUGCCUGGAUACGCUGUGGUCCCUGUGUCCGAAAUCUACGCUCGUGUCCACAUGGCCCUGCGUCAUAUUGUCCGACUGAUCCCGUCUGGCAGUGGAACUCUCUCUCCAGUCCUAUCUCACACAUUCCCCUACGAAGCGGACCCUGCCAAGUCUUAUAUCGCCUACACCCGCAACCUCAUCCAGAUCAUCAGCUAUGCUCCCGAGCUUCAGUCCGAUAUCCUCGCCCUCAUCACCGAAAAACUGGUCAAGAUCGAUGUUCAAAUCCAGGUCGAUUUGGAAGAUUUCGAGGAUGAGCUUGGAGAGAACCUCCUUCAUGGCGUUUCCAACGACCCCGACGAAGAGGUCGACGACGACGACGAUGACGACGCGUCCAUCUUGAGCGAAGAUGAGGCCGAUGAAGACCGACGGGUCGCCGAGAUCAAGGACAAUAUUCACAAGGUGGAUGGCAUGAUCGAUAUCCUUUUCGAGUUCUACAAUUCUUCCUUCACCACGGGCACACUCGACGACCAGCGCAACAGUCUGGACCUUAUUAUCAGCCACUUCCAAAGCAUCAUUCUCCCCACAUACAAGUCCCGCCACUCGCAAUUCCUUCUCUUCCACUUCUCUCAAUUACACCCGGAUCUCCUCAGCAAGAUGACCUCGUGCUUCUCAGACCUGAUCUUUGGCAAAGUUCAGCCGGGUAUCAUUCGCCAGUCCGCUGCCGCAUACCUGGCCAGUUUCAUCGCCCGAGGAGCUCACAUCCCCAGCAGCCUGGUUCGGAAAACUUUCAACGAGAUGAGCGCGCAAUUGGUCGAAAUGCAUGACAAGUAUGACGCUGCGUGCCGCGGCCCCGAUCUCCGCCGUUACGGCUCGUUCUACGCCACCGCCCAGGCCGUGCUGUACAUCUUCUGCUUCCGCUGGCGCGAUCUGACCACCGCUUCAAUUGAGGGUGACAGCCCCCAGCAAGUGGACGAGCUGGAGCCGAGCCAAAUUGCCUUCCCGCCCAAUGUCAAGGACACACUGAGCAAGGUGAUCUACUCGCGCCUGAACCCGCUCAAGAUUUGCUCCUCGGGUAUCGUCAACGAAUUCGCCCGUAUUGCACACCACUUCCAGCUGCUCUACGUCUACCCCCUCAUUGAGAAGAACAAGCGUCUCCGUAUCAGUGCCUUCCGAAGCAUUGCCUCCUCUGGACUUGUCCAGAUGGAGCGUGAGAUUCGCGCUGGUGAUCAUCUCGGCUAUCAGCUCGACGCCUACUUCCCCUUCGACCCAUACCAGCUCCCACGCAGUCGUCGAUGGCUAGAGGGUGACUACGUCGAGUGGCGCGGCAUUCCUGGUCUUGACCAGGACGACGAGGACUCGGAUAGUGGUGCCGAGGACGGCGACGAAGAUGAAGACGGCACAGCUACUGACGAGGAAUAA